ACCAGCAACAUAUAAAUGUCCAUCGACUGAUUCUUGAGAGAACCGUCUCUCGGCGAGAAAAGGGGAGCUCUGUGUGUGCCUUCAGCUACCUCCCAACCGCGUUGACACUGUUUACACGAUGAAGAACUGCGAGUACCAGCAGAUCGACCCGCGGGCGCUGUCAGUGUCGCCGCUGUCGGUGCAGAGCCACACCGAGAAGAAAGAGCAGCGGCCGCGGAGGAAAUGGGAAGUGUUCCCGGGGAAGAACCGGUUUUUCUGCGACGGACGGAUCAUCCUAGCCAGACAGAGCGGUGUCCUUCCUCUGACACUGGGCCUUAUUGUUGUCACUUGUGGCCUUUUCUUCGCUUUCGAUUGCCCUUUCCUGGUGGAGCAUCUGACCAUCUUCAUACCUGUGAUCGGUGGGGUGCUUUUUGUGUUUGUGGUCACCUCCUUGCUGAGAACCAGCUUUACAGAUCCAGGCAUUUUACCCAGGGCUACCCCAGAUGAAGCUGCAGACAUAGAGAGGCAGAUAGAUACCUCAGGAUCCUCUACGUAUCGCCCCCCUCCGCGGACCAAGGAGAUCCUUAUCAACCAGCAGGUGGUGAAGCUCAAAUACUGCUUCACUUGUAAAAUGUUCCGCCCUCCUCGGACCUCCCACUGCAGCCUGUGUGACAACUGUGUGGAACGGUUCGACCACCACUGUCCGUGGGUAGGAAACUGUGUGGGAAAACGCAAUUACCGCUUUUUCUACAGCUUCAUCAUCUCUCUGUCUUUUCUGACAUCUUUCAUAUUUGGCUGUGUCAUCACACACAUUACCCUGCGUUCUCAAGCAGGUAAAAGCCUUGUUCAAGCCAUUCAAGAGAGCCCUGCAAGUAUUGUGGAGUUGGUGAUUUGCUUCUUCUCCAUCUGGUCUAUUCUGGGCCUCUCAGGCUUCCAUACCUAUUUAGUAGCCUCCAACCUCACCACAAAUGAAGAUAUAAAGGGAUCCUGGUCAAGUAAAAGAGGUGCCGAGGAGUCGGGGAACCCGUACAGUUACAACAGCAUUAUAACCAACUGCUGCGUGACGUUAUGUGGCCCCAUGCCCCCAAGCCUGAUUGACAGAAGAGGUUUCGUUCCUCCCGAUGAGGCGAUACCUGCUGCUUCUGUCUCAGAGAUCGAGCUGCCUCCCUUCACCACAAAGAAUGACGCAAACAUGUGCACUCAGAGCACAAAGGACGUGCUGGAGAGGAUGAUCCGCUCCUCCUCCGACUUUAAUGGCCUGUGCCCCCCUGGUACCCCAAAGACCACCCCUCUGGUCCUGGAUGUCUCCAGCGCCGCAGCACCAACCGCAGAGCCUUCUUCACCCCCUGCCGGCUGCUCACGUCAGCACCCCCACCGGCACGCUCCUUGCCCCCCGUUCAGCAGAAGCAACAAGAGCGACUCGCUUCACUCGAUCAAUCCGGCCUUCCGCCUGGCUUCCCCCUCGCCGUCGCUAAGCCGCACCACUCUGAUUCUGGGUGACGCGCCCGAUAUCGGCUUCAACCAGCUGCACUGAGAGCAGCAGAAAAGGAGCCAUAGUGGACUUGUCCUGCUGCACACAAAAAAAACGCUGCUCUGCCCAGUUUUGGCUACAAAGAACCCUUUUCCCCCCUCGUGGUGGUCGUAAUGCAUGUUCUCAAGAUGUCAUUGUGAGGAGUCGAUUACGUUGUUUCACCGGUGUCCUGCUGUACGUGUCCUUCAGAACGGAGGCAAAUCUUAGUAACACUCGGAAGCACAAAAUAGAGAUAUUUUUUUAAAAACACCUUUUUUUUAAGAGACGCCCAGAACAUGCCUCCACACCUUCCGCAGAACCUCAGUGUUUAAGUUCCGGCUAUUGUCUUAUGCAAACAGGUAUUUAAAUCUGGGAAUACUUAUAUUUUGAGUGUGGAUGCAAGAACAACCGUUUUGAUUUCCUGAACUGGCGUGCUCUGGAUAGUGAGCCAUUUCAGGAUUACUGACUCAAGAGCUAGCCUUAUGUCCUGUCCUGUCAUUUCCAGUUAUCUGGCCACAUCAUCCCAGUAUCACCGGGUGGAUCCAUCGCAAUGAUAAUCAGAGUUUAAACAUGGAGGGCGAGGUGCAGUUUUAAUUUUAAUGUCUUCACGUCAAGGUUUUUGCUGUAUUUAGUCAUCAGUUCUGCAUGUCUUGUACAUCAGAUGUUCAUAGGAUGGCAAAUAUCUUGUCUUUUUGUGACGUGUUUCACUUUAGGAAGUUGAAAGAAGGUAUUUUAAAACAGGUCAAAUGGAUUGCUCAGACUUUUCCAUGUGUAACUAUGUGAAAUGUGUAGCAUUUCAGAAAUAGUACCUCCACAUAUUUUAUGUCGACUUUGUUUCAUAAUCUCGUGUUUUCAACAUCAAAACAAAGUAUUUAAAUCAAAUGUCCUGCUCUGAUUCAGCAGUAUUUAUCACUGACACACUGUUUACCGUUAACGUACGCUACUGGGAUGCUCGGAGUACGAGCCGGCAUCUGCUUUUUCUUUGCCUACGGGCACAUUGACUGUACAUUGCCCGUCACGAGUGUGUUUGUGGUUACAGGCCCGACGAAUGGACUGUCUCAAGCAGGAUAACGUUUCAGGAAUGUUGAUGAGGCCUCUUUCGUGGCUGUGACCUUUUCCUACUCUUACAGCAUGAAACCUAACCUCCCCUUAUGUGACGGUGGAGUACAAUUUCUAGUGAGAGUAAAAGGCAGGAGUCGAUUUGUGCCACUAGAGGGCAGGAUGUGAAUACUGAUUGCAGUCCGGUCUAACAGGGAUCUAGUAAUGUGAAACCCAUUAGAGAGAAAGGCCUUUUGAUGUUUUAUUUAUUUUUCGUUACCGAGCUUUGAAGCUGUACAGAGGUUGUGAAUCUGUGAAGAGCCAUAGUCAGUGGGUCGAUCAUUUAUCAGUCUGCAUCAAGACCCCAUAGGAUGUGUAGACGACUACAAGCAGUGCUUGUAUGAACAAACUUGUUUGUAUUUUGUAGGGUGUAACAGUGGAACUGUAACAUUUGGUCAAUAAAUAUGAUCAGUUUUGUUGA